AUGUCGGACGAACAACCGCGCAAGAAGGUUCGCCUCACAGGUCCCGAGGACUCAGUCUCAACAUCGCUACCAGAAGUCGACGCUGCUGUAGCAGCACAACUGGAACAAGAGAAGAGUGCCGGAAUCACUGUCUUUGCAUCACAAUCUGCUGGUUUUGGAGGUGUCGUCAAGAAGCGUUACACCGAUUUCCUGGUCAACGAGAUUUCCACAGACGGCACCGUUUUCCACUUGGAUGAAUUGACUGGUCCCGCUGUCAAGGCUGUCAAGAAGGUCGAGAAGGAUACACAGGCAGGAGAAGAGAAGGAGAAGUCUGCCGAACCCGUCAAGGCUGAAUCUGCACCUGUAAAAGAGGAACAACCCAAGCCCGACAAUGCAGAGUUGGCUAUCGCACCCGCCGACAUUGGCACUCUCAAGACCAUCUUCGGCGAAAAGACAACAACCGACAUUUGCAACCUCUACGCCAAAUCCAUCGCCCGCCCCGAGCGCAAGCCUAGAGAUCAUGGCAACUUGCAAUCAGAUGUCAUCCAAGACAAGCAAAUGCGUACCGAUGCUCACAUCAACGUCCGUCGCAUCUUCAACGGCAGAAUCGACACCAUGACCAACGAUGACAACACAAUCGCCAUCAAGGUUGCUGCUGCUGCAAACAAGAUCAAUGCUCGCGCUCUUCCUGGAUCAAAAGGAAAGAAUGCUCGCCCAAAGGGCAAGGUCGGUUGGGAAGAGCUUGGAGGUGAACACUUGCAUUUUACUCUGUACAAGGAGAACAAGGAUACUAUGGAGGUGCUUUACUGGAUUGCCAGUCAGCUCAAGCUACACGUCAAAAACUUCCAGUUCGCCGGAACAAAGGAUCGCAGAGGUGUCACUGUCCAGCGCGUGAGUGCAUACCGCAUUGCUGCCGAUCGUCUGCAGGGCAUCAACUCCACACUCAGGCAAGCCAGACUCGGUGGCUUCAAGUACAUGCCCCAGGGUCUUGAUCUGGGCGACCUUUACGGAAACGAAUUCACAAUCACUCUUCGUGACUGCACGUUCCCUGGUCAGCAAGGCGAUGCAGCCACUCAGCUCGAGAAUGCAAAGAAAAUCACUGGCGAUGCCAUCGCACAAUUCCAAGAGCGCGGUUUCAUUAACUAUUACGGCCUCCAGCGUUUCGGUACCUUUGCCAUUUCCACAGAUACUAUCGGCAGGAAGAUGCUUCGCGGUGACCUGGAGAGCGCUGUUGAAGACAUUCUGUCUUACAGUCCCGAGGCAUUGGCCGCCGCUUCUAAUCCCGACCAGGCUUCAACCAAGAUUUCACACGAUGAUAUUGCUCGCGCCGAGGCUCUGCACAUCUGGAAAACAACAAAGAAGUCAGGAGCUGCUCUCGACAAGCUCCCUCGUCGUUUCCAAGCCGAAAAUGCUUUGAUCAGACAUUUGGGCUGGGUAGACCGCAAAUCCGGAGAACUACUACGCGCAAAGGACUGGCAAGGUGCUCUUCAAAACAUCCCUCGCAACCUCCGUCUCAUGUACGUUCACGCCUACCAAUCGCUAGUCUGGAACACAGUAGCCGGCCGUCGAUAUGAACUCUACGGCAACAAAGUCGUAGCCGGCGACCUCGUCCUCGUGCACGAACACAAAGACAAAGAAGCCUACGCCCAACAAGACGAAGAAACCAUCGACGACUGCGGUGAAAUCAUCGUUCGCCCAGCCGCCCACGACACCGCCACCUCCCUCGAAGACAAAUUCGAGCGUGCUCGCGCAUUAACCCCCGAAGAAGCCUCCAGCGGCAAAUACACGAUUUUCGACUUGGUCUUGCCGUUACCUGGUUUCGAUGUCAUGUACCCAGCCAACGAACUCGGCGCUUUCUACUCUGAAUACAUGGGCAGUGAAGCAGGAGGAAAACUCAACCCCAAAGACAUGCGCAGGAAAUGGAGAGACAUCUCGCUCUCGGGAUCUUACCGCAAACUGAUGGCGAAACCUCAAGGCUUGGCUUGGGAAGUAAAACCCUACUUCCACGACGAAGAACAACUGUGCCAAACAGAUCUGGACAAACUGAUUGCAAAAGCCAAGGAGGAGGGAAAUGCAGAUGCUUUGGGAGGAGCAGAGGCUUUGUUGGAGCAGAAAUUGGCCGUGGUGAUUAAGAUGCAGUUGGGUAGUUCCCAAUAUGCUACUAUGGCUUUGAGAGAAUUAACCAAGGGUGGUGCUGUGGCUUUCAGACCUGAUUUCCAGGGUGGAAGGAUCGAUUUCAAGGCAGAGUAG